CUAUAGCCCUGCCUGGAACUGAAGGGAGAUGUCGGUGAUUGAGCGAACCUACAUUUUCCAGCAAAGCCGCGCGGAGCUCGCGGCCCUGAUUGAGCCGCAGCUGUUUGAAGCCAUCCAUAACAGUGAGCAGUUCCGCUCUCCGCUUCCGGGGCGGUGGCAGUUCGGGCUGGUGAACAAUGAGAUGUUCGUCGACCUGCGCCUGGCUCUGGACGGGCCGGGCGUGCUGCACGCCAUCCACGACGACGGCCUGAUCGAGUUCCACUACCGGGUGCGGGCCACCGGAAUGCACCGCAAGCACUGGGUGCUCCCCUGGAAGUGGGGCUGGCGCGAUGUGCAGCGCGAGACCAUCGCUACCGCCACGCUUGUGGUCACGCUGCGCCUGAGCCUCACAGCCGGCCCCAUCAAAGAGGCAGCCUGCACGGUGUCCGGAUCCGGCCGCCUGCAGGAUACUGCCGUACACUACGACAUGGUCCCCGUCAGCCUUGUCGUACUGGCGGCGGGCGGCGCGCUGGUGGGCGGGGCGCUGUACGGCGCAAUCGCUGACGCGAUCCGUACCGCCGUACAGUCAAAGGCAAUGGCGGUGGACGUGCAGCGGAGCGUGAGCGUGCCGCUAUGGGACAAGGUGAUCGUGGCGGCGGCGGCCGCGGGCGUGCCGGCCCGGGCGCUGGCGUGGGUUGAGCUGGUGGAGGGGGGCUCGAGUGUGCGGGGCGAGGGCGGCGCACGGCUGCUGGUGGAGGUGGCCUGGCGGGCCAAGGUGUCCGCUGCCCUUGGCGCGGUGCUGCAGGUGGCGGGCAUGGUGGCGGGCCGGCCGAUCGUGUGAGGAGGGAGGUGUGCCGGCUGGGACGUGGGAUUGAAGUGCGCGCCUGGCAACUGCUGACGAGGUGGCAGGAUGGAGGCGGUACCUGGCGGUGGAAUGGGCGGAUGUGAGCAAAGGUAUGUAUGGUGGGAUAUAGUGUAGUCAAGUGCAUACCGUACGUGUAUGUGGACUUGUGCAAGCACUUAGUGUGGUGGUUCGGCAUUUAAUCCGUCGCCAUGUGAGGACCAUGCAUGCCUGACACCUGUGCGAGUGCGGGCUGGCCAGUCAAAAGGGAGGUGGCGCGGUUGCAGGCAGCCUUGCGCAUACGGGACCCACCACUGACGGGAGUAGCUGCCUGGGGCUGACUGGCCCAGGGUUGCUGCAGAGUAUCAUAGCCACUGCUG